AUCAAUACUCACUAUCACUUCUCUUACUUUAGCUUUGACUUUCAGAUAAAUCUAAAUCUAAUGCCUUUUUUGUUCUUUCUCUUGGGAAUGUUGCAUAAAGUAAUCCAUUUACUAGAAAUAAGCAUCCACAAAAUAAAAAUGGUAGAAAUAUUUGAGUUUCAUAUAACUUAAAAAUAAUUACAGGAGAAAGCAAUUAAGAUAUUUUAGCUAUGACAUAUGUAAAACUCAAUCCUAAUGCUCGUAUAUUACUAUUAAAUGAUUCAUUAAUCAUAAUUUGCAUUACUGUAAAUUAUAUUUCCAAUAGGAAUCUAACUAAUACUUAUUAUGGAAUAUAAGUGUCUUGUUAAUAGAAAAUCAUCAAAUAAGUGAUACAUAACAAAAUUGAUAUAAUCAUCCCUGAUUUAGCUCUUCCAAAAGUAGGACUAUCAAUAAAAAAAGAUUAAAUAAAUACUGCAGGAAUAAUACCUACUUAUUAAAAAAAUAAGGAUUCAAAUCCCUUUUACUUUUCAUGAUAAAUAAAGGGUAAUAAAUAUUAUUAAAUUGAUGUAGCUGCAUAAUAAAUAAUUUAAAUUGAAAUAACAUAAAUAGUGAUUUUAAUAGUAUUCUUUGUAAAAAGAGC